AUGGCGCUCAGCAAGAGCCGCCUGAGCCAGUGGCUGCUGCCGCGGCAUCUGAGCGUGCGCACCUUCGACGGCGACGGCGACUACGACGAGGACGCGGGCGAGCUGCUGCCGGCGCCGCGGCUGUCCGUCGCCGCGGCGCAGGCCGUGCCCGUGGCGGCGCUCGCCGGCGUCCUCGCGCGCGAAGACGUCGAGGCCGUCGCGGCGCUGGCGGCGCGGCUGAAGCGGACGCGGCCCGACGCGCGCCAGUGCAACGGCGGCGCGUGGACGACGGUCUACCUCAGCUGCGGCCGGGCCUUCCAGCGCGAGCUGCCCGCGCUGGCGAGUCGCCUCGUGCGCGCGGCGAAGCGAGCGGCGGCGGACCAGAUGGGCCUCGACCUCCGCGGCGUCGACCUCCGCGUCCGCUGCGUCGAGCACCACGAGAUGGCCGCCGGCGGCGCGCUCGCCGACGAGUGCCACUACGACAGCGGCUCCGUGCUCACCAUCGACGUCAUGCUCGCGGCGCCGGGCGACGACUUCGACGGCGGCGCGCUCUGGUUCCCGGGCGCCGGCGGCGCGCGCGCGGCCGGGCUCGCGCGCCGCGGCGACGCCGUCGUCUUCGCGAGCCACCGCUACCACGCCGUGCGGCCCGUGGAGGCGGGCACGCGCCGCGUCCUCAUCGUCGAGCUCUGGGAGGGGCCCGAGCGCGGCUGCCCGCACCGCUGCCAGAGCGCGACCGCGCCCUGCGUCUUCGACGACGUCGGCUCGCCCGCGGCGGCCGGGCCCCGGAAGCGGUUCUCCUGGCCGCCGCGGCGAGGGGCGGGGCGGGUCCACUCGGCGGCCGAGUAA